AUGAUCAAGAUUCUCGGGGCUCUUGUUUUGGUCGCGAUCGCUUCUGUCAACGCUGAAGUGGAUGCUUCUGCGCUUGGAUUGCCCGAAAGCAGGCAUUCGAACACCUUCGGAGGACCGCUUCCACUGAAUCAACCACUCGCAGAUGAGGGACAAAUGGAACUUCAACUUGUUGAUGCUAAGCCAGCAGACGAAAAUGCUGAGAGCAUGAGACACGUCGAAGGAAUGCUCGGAAAUGCGCUGAAGACGAUCAGAGCGCAGAGAACGGAGCAGGUUCAGCAGGGAGAUGCUGCCCCAGAAUUGCAAACCGUUUAA